AGCUGUCUCCUUGGUUUCUACAAACAGGGCACAGGCUGGCUGGGCUGAUUCUUGCUGUCAUUUCCUGGCCCAGUGCCACGUUUACUGUGUGACUCAGUCCCUCAUUUAGGGGAGGGCUUAAGGUGAUGGCCGGGAGAAUAAAAGGAGGAGUUCUAGGUGCUCAGCUCCCAAGUGAGUUCUUUCUUCCCUGCCACGUCGGACUGACCGGCUAACGCCAGCUGCCCUCAACCAUGAAGCUGCUGAGAGUCCUUGUGCUGGUUGCACUCCCCCUUUACUGCUUUGCUGGUUCUGGAUGCCUACUUCUAGAGCAGGCGGUUAACAAAACAAUCAGUCCUGAAGUGAGCAUUAGUGAAUACCAAAAUUUUCUUCAGGAUUUUGCUCAGACUCCUGAGGAAAAAGAGGCCUUGGCUGAGCUGAAGCAAUGUUAUCUCAACCAGUCAAACGAAACUCUGCACAACUUUGCACAGAUGAUGGUAAUUACGGUUUCUUCUGACGUGCUUUCAAACCACGGGGCAGGGACUAGUAGGCUCUACGUUUGUCACUAAUGAUGCCAAAGCAAGUGUUCAACAUGCUUUAUUUUAUUUCAGUGAAUGUAAUUGUGGCUGCAUGUGAGUACUUUGACAUCAAGAAAGCCAGCCAAGGUCCCAGCGGUGAUUUGCCUCUGCGCUUCUUGGAAUCUUUAGUGAAUGAUAAAUGAAAAAGGCAAAUGAGGGACAAUAUUCACAUGAAGGCUGAACUACCCUUCAGUAUCCU